AUGGAUCCGCCGUUCCGGCACAGCAAGAGCCGAGCCUUCAUCUCCAGCGCGGAGCUCAGCAUGAAGCCGGGGGCCGCGGCCGCCCCCGAGGGCCGCUCCCGCUUCCAGAAGGUCUCGCUGGUGUCGCGGCGCCUGGAGAGCCCCCGGGGCCGGGACGGGAGCCCGUCCCGCGUGUCCCUGCUGCUGCAGGCCUGGGAGAGGGAGAUCGUGGAGAAGAAGACGGGCUCCGGCCCCGCCGCCCCGGCCCACCGGGAGCCCCCGUCCUCCGCCGGUCUCCGCAAGGGCUUCACGGCUCACGGCCCCAUCUUCUCGCAGGUCUAUGCCCCGGCGCAGCGGCCCCGGCGCCAGGACGAGCGGGGCAAGGCGGGGCCCGGCGGGGACGGCUCCCCCGGCCCGGAGGUGCCGGUGCACCGGGAGAGCUACGUGCACGGCACCCUGCUGCCCACGGGCCCCGCCGAGCGCCCCGCGGCGGCUCCCGGGGACGGGCCCGGUGCCCCCGGUGCCGCCAAGGCCGGCGGCGCCCCCGCCCUGCCCAGGGCCCGGCAGGUCACCGUGCUGCGGACCGGCAGGGACGCGGAGGGACGGGGGGCUCCGAACGGGACACUCGGCACUGCCGGGACCACCGCGGCCUCGGCACGGCGGGACAGCCCCGGGCAGGAGGGCAGCGGCUCUGCGGGGGCUGCAGAGGGCUCGGAGAGCUCACCUGGCAGCGCAGAGGCCGCUGGGCCCCCGGAGGAGGCAUCUCCCGAGGAGAAGGACUCAGCACAAGCCGAGCCCGCGCCGGCGGAGGCGGCUCCGGUGGAGGCGGCUCCGGGGGCCGGGGACAGGCCCGGGGACCCCCAAAGCAGCGUGAGCUGCUCCCCGCAGGGUCCCUCGGCUGGCCAGGCUGCUCCGGCUGGCACGGGUGAGGGCAGCGUGGCAGACCUGGAUGGCACCAUGCCAGCCACGCCAGCGAGGACAGAGAGCCCCCCGGGGGCUGGCAGCACCCCCGAGACCCCCCCCUCAGAGGAGAGCGAUGGUCCAGAGCCUUCAUCUGAAACAGCGGCAUCAGCCAAGGCUGAGAUUGAGCUGGAGGGGGAUGAGACGAUGGGAGACCCCCAAAAGCCUGAGAGCACCCCAGAGCCCCCCAGCGAGCCCCCAGCGCCCGAACCCCCGGCCGAGAGCCCCCCGGACGCGAGCGAGGAGGACCCCGAGCUGCUGGUGGACAUGGAGAUCUUGGUGGACACGCUGCGGAACAUGGAGCCCUCGGAGAUGCGCAAGGCGCCCAAAGCCCCGCGGCAGCCGCGGCCGUCGGCGCUGGGGCGCUGCGCUGCCCUGCCGCCCAUCCACGAGCACCGCGUGGCCCCCCGCGCCCCCCUGGCCCUGCCCCUGCCCCAGGCCCUGCGGGAGCUGCUGGAGCGGGGUCCGGCCCCGGCGCGGCCCCACGAGCCCCCCGAGGAGGAGGAGGAGGAGGAGAUCGAGAACCCCUACCUGAGCCCCGAGGAGCGGGCGGCCGCGGGGAGCCGCCGGGGGGUGCCCGGGAAUGGCGUGGGGGGUGAGGGGUGGGUGGAGGGGGGCUCGCUGGCACAGGAUGAGAACAACAAAGCGGCGGGCGAGAGCAGCGCGCCCUUCCGAGGGAACGUCCUCAAGGGCAUGGCGCUGCUGUCGCACUUCUUGGAGCAGCGGGCAGCCGGGGCUGAGGAGGGCAAGCCCUACUCCCGCCUGGACAAGAGCGUGCUCUACGGCCGCUUCGUGUGCCCCGGCGCCGGGGGCUCGGAGCCAGCCUGCCCCGGGCACCACAACGGGCUGGGCCCUGCUGGCCCCGAGGUGGCCGUGCUGGGAGCGCUGAGCCCGGGCUCUGUCCCUGCUGUCCCCGAGGAGCCAGAGGGCAGCGUGACCCUGAGCCUCGAGCCUGUCCUGGACGAUAAGGAGGGCUUGAAGAUCAACACAAGACCCGGCAAGAUCAUCCUGUACUCCGAGGCCGGCUUCGCGGGGCACAAACGGGAGAUCUGGGACGACAUCCCCGACGCCACGUCCUGGGAGCUGUCCCACACCAUCUCCAUCCGAGUCAUCCGCGGCGGGUGGGUGAUGUACGAGAAGCCGCGGUUCCGAGGGCGCAAAUGCGUCCUGGCCGAAGGGGAUGUGGAGAUCGACAACCCCUGGACGGCGUACGGGGACAGCGGGGACAGCGGGCACAGCGGGCACCCCCGCGGCAGCCGCCCGUUCCGCAUCGGCUCCUUCAAGCGGGUGGUGCGGGAUUACCGCACGCCCCAGAUCAGCCUGUUCGCCCAGGAGAACGGAGAGGGCGCCCGGCUCCGCUUCAGCGGCUCGGCCGAGGACACCCGCGAGCAGGGCCAGGCGCUGGCGGCCGCCUCCAUCAUCGUGCACUCGGGCCUGUGGCUGCUUUACUCCAAACCUUUCUUUGAUGACGAUCCCUACGUUCUGGAGCCGGGCGGGUACCCCAAUUUGAAGGCGUGGGGAGCAAAGGAGCCGUCCAUCUGCUCCAUGCACCCCAUCAGGCUGGGCUGCCCCGUCGUGGAGAGACCUGGUGAGCCUCAGGUGCUGAUCUAUGAGGCUGCAGCUUUCCAGGGCCGCAGCUUCACCGUCAGCAGAGACAUCUACGACCUGAGGCGCGUGCCCGAGGCAGCCCUGCCCACCGUGGGCUCCCUGCGUGUCCUGGGGGGCUGCUGGGUUGGCUACGAGAAGGAGGGAUUCCGUGGCCACCAGUACCUGCUGGAGGAAGGGGAGUACCAGGACUGGAGGCACUGGGGCGGCUACAGCCCGGAGCUGGUGUCCCUGCGGCUCAUCCGGACGGAUUUCUCAGAGCCAGCCCUGGUGCUGUUUGAGGCCAUGGACUUCGAGGCGGGCGCGAGCGUGGAGCUGAGCGAGGCGCUGCCCGACACGGGGCUGGCUGGUUAUGGCAGCGUCACACAGUCCAUCCACGUGCUGAGCGGGGUCUGGGUGGCCUACGAGGGCCCCAACUACUCCGGGGAGCAGUACAUCCUGGAGAAGGGCGUGUACCGCAGCUGCGAGGACUGGGGUGCCACCGACUGCCACAUCGCCUCUGCACAGCCCAUCCUGCAGGUCAGGGAACACAACCUGCACUUCGUCUCCAAGAUCCUGCUUUUCUCAGAGCCGGAUUUCCUGGGGGACCACGUGGCCUUUGAGGAGGACCAGGGUGCCCUGCCCGAAGCCUUCACCCCGCGCUCCUGCCGAGUCCGUGGGGGCAGCUGGAUCCUGUUCGACGGGCAGGACUUCACUGGGGAGCAGCACGUGCUGUCCGAGGGCGAGUACCCCACGCUCAGUGCCAUGGGCUGCCUGUGCUCCACCGCCAUCUGCUCCUUGAGGAAAGUUCCGCUGUUUUUCUCGGAGCCCUCCAUCUUCCUGCACGGCCUGGAGUGUUUCGAGGGGAAGGAGAUCGAGCUCAACGCCGAGGUGCGGAGCCUGCAGGCCGAGGGUUUCAACAACCACGUGCUGUCCGUGCGGGUCAAAGGAGGGAUCUGGGUGCUGUGCGAGCACGGUGAUUUCCGAGGGCGGCAGUGGCUGCUGGACUGCACUGAGAUCACCAACUGGCUGACCUACAGCGGGCUGCAGCACGUGGGCUCCCUCUACCCCAUCCGCCAGAGAAGGGUCUAUUUCCACAUCAGGAGCAGGGAGCUGCAGCUCCUCCUCUCGGUGCCCGACGACGUGGAGGACAUGAAGGCGGGCAGGGUGGUGGUGUCCAGCCUGAGCGAGCAGAGCAGCUCCGUGUGGUACUACGAGGACGGGCUGAUCAAAAACCAGGUGGCCCCCACCAUGAGCCUGCAGGUGAUCGGGCCGGCGGGGAAAGGCGCCAAGGCCGUGCUCUGGUCCGAGACGCGGCUGCCGCGGCAGACCUGGAGCGUGGACAGCCAGGGACGGAUCCACAGCCAGAUGUUCGAGGACAUGGUGCUGGACAUCAAGGGCGGCCGCAGCUACGACCGGGACCACGCCGUGGUGUGGGACGUGGCUGAGGAGAGACCCACGCAGCUCUGGGACAUCCAGGUGCUCUGA